CCGCGCAUCGAACCAUAAAACCUAUUCUCGAUAAUAAAAAGCGACGGAUUAUCGAGAUGAGCGGAAUGAAGAAGGCGAUCGGAGGGUCCAUUCACAGAAUACGGGAGUUCGAGCUCGAGAAGGUGAACCUGAUCGACGAGUUCGACAUCCUGCAGAUCGUCGGCGAGGGAUGGUUCGGCAAAAUCCUGCUGACCGAGCACCGCAGCACGCAGACCGAGAUGGUGCUGAAGGCACUGCCAAAGGCGUACACCGGCCUCUCGGACUUCUUUCGGGAAUUUCAUUAUGGGUUACAUCUGUCGGCGCACCGAAAUAUUAUAACCACCUACGACGUGGCAUUCGAGACGGCCGGUUUCUACGUUUUUAGUCAGGAAUACGCCCCGCUCGGUGAUCUCACGUCAAAUGUGACGGAGACGGGGUUGGGUGAGUUACACGCAAAGAGGGUGGCUAGGCAACUCGCCGCCGCGGUGCAUCACAUACACAGCCGCGAGCUGGUGCAUCGUGACAUCAAGCUCGACAACAUACUCGUGUUUCGCAGCGAUUUUUCGCGCAUCAAGCUCUGCGAUUUCGGCGAGACCAGGCGAGUUAACACCAUCGUGCGAAGGCACAACGAGUGGCUGCCAUACUCGCCGCCCGAGGUAUUGCAGAUCGACACUGACGAGACGUACAAAGCCCGCACGUCGCACGACGUCUGGCAAUUCGGCAUUGUCCUAUUUGUCUGCCUGACCGGAUGCCUGCCAUGGCAGAAGGCGGCGAUGGACGAUCCGCGCUACACCAGAUAUCAAAACUGGCACAACGCGACGCUCAACAUCGCCAAGAAGCCGAAAUUAUUUCAGCUGAUCAGCUCGCGGGCGCAGAGAAUGUUCAAGAGAUUAUUGGACCCGAAGGCUGAAAAACGACCAGUCAGCGUGUUGGAAGUAAAUAAAUAUUUAGAAGACAGAUGGCUGGCAAAACUCGGAGUCGAAAAAACGUUAAACGGCGGCGCCGACGAGAAGGACGAGCUUUGUCCGUCUAUGUACAGCUUCCACAGUUCCUUGGAGGAGAAGAACCAACUCCUCCACACUCUUACGACGUACGGCAUCGAGACGACGGUGGAUCGUUCGAAGAAGAAGGACCGUAUCAGAGAGUGGAUACAAGCUAGCGCGAUCGUCGAAGAGAAUGAGGGGGACGAGUCGGAUAUUUACGAAGACUCGGAGUUCUAUGAAGAUGAAGACAGGGACAACGACGGGAAUGGUGGAAGCGAGGAGACCGAGUCGACCUCCAUGAGAGGCAGGCAUUUCCCGGAGAGGCGUCCGAGCGUCGCGACGAACGAUCGUAGAAAGAGAAGAGGCAGCGGUAGGGUCGCGACGGGUCGGGUCGCGUCGAAAAACAGAGUGCCCGUAAAACCCGUCGAAAGGAAAAUACCCUUCGCGCCUCAAGUGGCCGAAGAGCGAGAAACGAUCGCGCGCUUCGCCAGCUUUCCCAACGGCGAUCCGAACCUCGCCGUUGUGAGUAACGGCAGCGAUCGGGCAGCUCACGAUCUUUCCGCAGCCUCGACGAACGUCGCGACCGACGUAUCGUCGAUGGCGAAUAAUUUCUCCUCGAGCGAUCUUCCAUUCUCCGUGCCUAACGUUAAUGAUCGGUACGUCAAGGAUUCUGGGAGGACUAGCGCUAACAACUCCCGGGACGAAUCACCUCUUUCCGCGUUGCCGGUUACUGCUUUUUUCCCCGUCAAACAAUCGCCACCGAAAACGACGUCGAACAUUUUAGACAACGGGAAUAGAGCUGCACCGAUGAGUCCGCAAAUCCCGGCUAGAAAAAAUCGCGCUCACACGGCGCCGUUUUCGGAUACGCGAUCGGCCGAGGUUAAUCGUGCCGAUUCGGCGAGGAAAGCACAGUCCGCGACAGUUUUACGGACCUCGGAAACGGAGGAUCCGCGCGUUUCGGGAAAAACGUCCGUCUCCUCGCAUUCGAUGGCAGCGGAUAAUUCGUUAUCGACCUCACGAGCGACGAAGCCGGUCGCUUCAUCGGUCACUCGAGUUGACAGAGCGGCGAUGCCAACGAUAAGCGGUGCAUCUCCAAUCGAGUCUCAGUCUCCUAACAGCCCUCUUCCUGGUCGAGUUGAAGGCUCAUCACCAAUCUAUACGCAAAUCACGACGCCGAUUGCUCCCGCUAAGACGGCCGCUUCUCACUUAGCAAUGCAGAGCUUCAACACACUGCAAAAUAUCGCGGGCACAUCCUCGGUCGCUUCGUCGACAAGCACAUCGUUAAACACAAGCAAGCCCGAUCAACGGGUCGAAGAGAACAUGAACAUGGCUUAUGGCAAAGAUGCAUAUGAACACUACGGCAUCGCCCAAGGUGUCAUACUGCCGAUGAGAGUAAACAUCGUUAGGCAGGAUUCCGCUGGUAGCGGUAGCCGAUCUGUGAGCAAUUGAGAUACAAACUUGAAGGGUGUGUUGGAUUUUCCUUGAGAAAAACUGGAAGUCGGGUAUAUUUAAGCAAGUAAGCGGAACCAAUCAAUCUUACCGUCAAUAUACUUGAAAGUACACGUUUGACGGAACAUAAUGAAGUACAUGUUACUUUUUCCAAAAGAGAUUUAAAGCGAAUGAAAGAUUCUCAAAGGUACUGAAGGUACGCGAAAUACGCGCAUUCGCGAAUGCUACAUUUAUUUGUAAUAUAUAUUUAAUAACGUCGAUAUUGCUUCGGUCAAAGAUUACGAAGAGUUCCUUCGGCAUCACGGCGUGUUCAACGUGUACGAAGUAAAUGUCGUCGCGAAAAUAACGUUAUACUAGAACGCCGUAGAUGGAGACGUCACGUUACGUACAUUAUACUUCAUUAGUUUCAAGAGAUACUUAUAUCGCCACGUGUCGCUCGCUUCACCAAACAUAACGGGAUAAAAUUAGCGCGACGUCUCGGAAGAAUUGCACUGUGCAAGAAUGUUCCCGAGGCUGUUAGCGGUCGAUCGUUUCCGACCGUGGGAAACGGUAAAAAUUUUUAUUCGAAUGUGAUGCGAGCCUGCGCGCGCCUCGUUAACAUUUCAAUUUUUUUAAUUACGGACCCUUAACCAAUCUUAUACUAAGUAUCUCUUCGAGCAUUGUUUAGAAGUUGUGGUUGCGAAUUGUAAGUUAAUUAAAUAUACACGCUGUUGUGAUACUAGAGAUCCUGUCUAGAAUAUUAUCUGACUAAUAUAAACAUAACAGAUUUUGAUAGAUACGAAAGAGAAAAAUGUAAAACGUACAUAAAUGUAAUGAUUUGUACAUUAGUAUACACUUUAAAGGCAUAUUACCUUGAGAGAU